UUUUCUGGCACACAAAAUGAAGUGCAAUGCUUGCUGGCGGGACUUGGAAGGGCAGGCCAUAUCAACAACAUGUGGCCAUCUGUUAUGUACGGAGGAUGCAAAGAAAAUACUCAGUAACGAUGGUGCUUGUCCUAUUUGUGAUCAAGUGCUCUCUAAAUCCCAUAUGAAGCAAAUUGACGUAAAUCCAAGCGAUGAAUGGACGAAUAUGUCAAUGACUGGAGUUUCUCCACAGAUACGUAUCCUUCAUUUUUUUCACAUGGCCUACAGUAGGAUUAUUCUUCUGGUUUUGUUGAACGACGUCUCUGUCUGCCAUAUCAAAUGUAAUGUCUGAUUAACC